AAAUGUUAUCAAAUAAAAUUGUGCAUUGUACUGUAUCUGUAUUAAUUACGAACAAUUCAAUAUUAAAAAAAAAGUGCUAUUUAAUUUGAAUAUUAUUAUUGUGUUGUUCAUAUUUUUAAUGAAAAAUGGGUAAAAAACAAGUAGCUCAAAGGGUGAAGAACAAUUAUAAACCUUCAAGUAGUGCUAGAGCGCAGUUAUUAUUGAACUCAGCAGAUUCUUCUACUCUAGACAUACUUAAGUUUCCAUUUUCUGAAUUAUUAGAUUGCAAUAUCAGUCCUGAUUUUCAAGUGGUAUUAAAAAAAAUGAACAAAAAAGAUUCUACCACUAAACUUAAAGCCUUGAAAGAAUUUGCUGUCCUAUGUGAUACUAAAGAUGAAGAAAGUAUUAAAGAAGUAUCUGCUCCAUGGUUAAGUCAUUAUAUAAAUUUAUGUAAAGACAAUGAACCAAGAAUAAGGGAAGGUGCUCAAAAAGCCUUAAAAUCUUAUUUGAGCCGUAUUAAUCGUAAUGUAGCACCCUUUCUUAAAAAAUUUUUUGCUUAUUGGUUUGUUGCGCAGUUUGAUACACACCCACCAACUGCAUCUGUUGCAAUAUCUGUUUUUGAGAGUACAUUUCCUUUAAAUAAAAGAUCUGAAGUAAUAGUAUUUUGUCAAAAAGAAAUAUAUAAUUAUUUAGUUGAACAUAUAACAAAUCCAGUUUUAUUGAAUUCAAAGGUAGACUCGGAAGAAAUCAAAGAAAUGCAAAUAAGAACUGCCACGAGUUGUCUUUAUGCAACAUCAACAUAUUUAAAUGCACUUCCUAAAGAACAAAUUGAAAACAUUGAAUGUGAUUUGAAAUCUUCAUUUCUUAGGAAUUGCACUUUUUGGAAACUUAAUAAACAUCUUACUCCUAGUGUUCGGCAAGCUUGGUUUACAUUGUUGUAUUCAAUACUUGAUAAAUUACAGUAUUUUCUUCAAGAUGAGUAUAAAAAAGUUGCUUUUGCAGUUUUUGAUAAUGUUGAUGAGGAUAAUGUAACAGUUUCAUUAAUGAUUUGGAAAAAUAUUCAACUUAUUUUUUCUAAGCCUGAAUUAAAUAUUUAUUGGAUACGUUCAAAUGCCGAAAAAAUUUUUCUUCCUAAGUUAUGGAAGGUUUUGUCCUGCUCUAAAGGAUGCAUAUCUUCAGCCUAUGCAAAUAUUUUAAAUAUGUGUAAAAAUAAUCCUUCAAUAACUACCAUACCCAUGACAGAAUUUUAUUUGAAAUGCAUCACAUCAAUGAUUUCAGGGUUAGAAAAAAUGUCUGCUAGAUUUGAUCGUACAAACUUUGUAGCUGGUGUUGAAACUCUUUUUGACUAUGUAAUACAUUAUUUAAGAAAUAAUUAUCAAGAAAAAUUAUUUUGCGAAUGUAUUAUAACUGAAGUCAUAAAUCUGAUAAAAUUUUGUCUUACUGGAAAGCUAGCCAAAGCUAUGACACCCCCUGUCAUAUCCCAUUUAACAUUACUUCUUGAAGUUUUGAUAAUUGAUGAUGCAUUAACAAAUUUAAAGCAAAUUAUAUGGAAUAGUCUCAAGAAUCUCUUAAUUACUGACCUAGAUAAAGAAAUUAUUUUAGAGAAUAUACAAAAUCAACUUCAUGUGCAUUUCAUUGUACUUAGCCAUUUGAAAAGUCCUGAAAUAAAAAUAAAAAAGAAUCUUAAAGUUACAUUUGAAGAAUCAACUAAAGAUACAUACCAACCUGCAAAAUUGUGUCUAAAUGAUAGUUAUUAUGAUGAUCUUGUCGAUUUUUUAAGCACUCAUUUAUAUUUUUAUUUUGAAAAAUCAUCUAAUACUGAAUUUGGAUAUUUGUAUGCCAAUCAUAUUUGUCAAGUGGUAUCUGCAUUCAAGAAUUUUGGUGUUAUACAAAAAUUAACAAACACAUUGGUUAUAUUAAAUAAUCCAAUAGAUUCACCAUUCAAAAUUUAUGAAUGGUUUGUAAAAAAAUGGUUGGGCAGUGAAUAUAUAACAACCUAUAAUUUGUUAUCUUUAGUUAUUGUAUUAUUAGAAAAUAUAAAAAAUUAUAAUGAGCAAGCUGUUAUUAUAGAUGAUGUGACUAUUAAGUUUGGUUCAAAUGUUGUACUAGAAGAAAUAAUGAGAUAUAUAAGUGAUGGUCAUUCAUUACCUGAAGUGAUUUGUAAAUGGUUAGAAACAAAACCAUUGCAAAAUGAGUAUAAAAUAUUUAUAAGUAAUGAAAAUUUAGAGGAAAACAAAACAAUUUUGUUUGUUAAUUGUUUAAAAAUUAAAGAAAAUAGGAUUUGUGUAAUGUGGACAAAAAUACUUAUGGAAACAGUUUGCAAAAAUCCUAGUCCAUCUUUAAUAAUAAUUUUGAGACAAAUAUUUGAAAAAAACUUAAAUGAUAAAAGUUUUAUUGAUUCACAUUUAGAAUUAAUUUUUGAUACAUUUGAAUGUUUGAUUCAAACUUAUUUUGAAAAAUCUCUUGACUGUGAAUCUAAAAGUCUACAUGAAUUAAACCAAACUUGGAAACUUUUAUUGAACCAUAUAUUGGAUACUUACAAUACAGAAGUAGUAAAGAGAUGUUGUUCUGUUAUAUUAAACUAUGUUAAAACUUCUGAAAUCAAUUUAGAACAUGUAGAAAGUGCAGUUGACCAGUUUAUUGAUGAAGUAUUAUCUUGUACUAAAUGUGAAGAAGUAUCAUUCAAACUAUUUUUUGAGCUAUUUAAGGAUAUGAAAAUAAAUAAUUAUGAUAAAAUAACAGAUUGUUGUGAAAUAGUAUCUUACAUUGAUGGAUCUUUUUUAUAUGUCGGAAGUAAUAAAGAAACAACUUAUAUAAAUGAAGAAUGCUUUAGCAAAGUGUACUCUUUAUACUCUCAUACUUAUGUUUCUUCAAAAUUAAUUAUGAAAUUUUUUGAUGCUACUGAACAUUUUUCCAAUUUUGUAAAUAAUAUUAAUGAAGAAUUAGUUCAAGUUAUAACUAAUAUUAUUUUUAAUCUUAAUGUUGUAAUGGAUAUUAUGAAUUAUUUCUCUAGUCGGAAAUACUGUUAUCAUCUGAAAAAUAAUAUUGUUGAAGAUACCAGAACUAUUGUGGCUGAUAUAGUACAAUCACAACCAAAACAUAUUGCUUUGAAUGUUAUUAACAAAAUAAUUGAAAAAAUCAUUUCUGAAAGAUUUUAUUGGAGCAAACCUUUAGCAUCUAUUUUAGAAGUGCUAUCAUUGCCUCAAGAUGAAUUAAUAAAUAUAUAUAAAACGGCAUUGAUACAGUAUAGUGAUUGCACAAAUAUGAUUUAUAUUAUACAAGUGUUUGUUUGUUUGUGUGGUAUUAAAAAUCUAGAGUUUGAUCAUCUUCCACUGUCAUAUACACGUUGUGUUUGGAAUGUGCAUUUCAAACAUGCUGUUUUAAAUGAAGAAUUGAUUUCACAAUAUGAAAAAGUAUUAAUGGCUGAAGAAAAAAUAUUGGCAUAUGAUGUAGAAUUUUUUACUGACAAUAAAAAAUUAUUAGAAGCGUUAAGACAUGUUGAAUGCUUAAACAUUAUUUAUGAACGCUCUAGUUCAUUUAUAAAAUUAAAGUAUAGUAAAUUAGUAUUUAAUCAUUUAAAUACUUGGAUCCAGGUGUUGACUUCAGUAGAUAUUAGUAGUGUUUCAUUUUUACCAGUUGGAAUACUAAUUACUAUUGUGGGAUCAUUAUAUUCUAAUGUUAUGAAGUUUUAUAAUCAAGAGUUCUAUAAAGAUGUCGAUCAAAAUAAUGAUACUGUUAUAAAAUUUAAAUCAGAUACAAACAUAUUACAUGAAAAUCUGAUAAAAAUUUGGAUUAAUUUAUCUGGGAAAUAUGAAGAUGACAUAACUCAUCAAUUGGUUUUAGAAACAUUGAGUAGUGUAAUAGAACAUGUAGAAUUUGAUAAUAUUGAUGAAAAAAAUUUAUUUAGUCUAUGUUCAGAUCUCAUUUGUUCAGACUGUUAUUACAUAGAAGUAACUGCAUAUAAGAUUUUAGAAAAGAUAUGUGAGUAUCAUAAAGUAAGUGUUGACAGUGAGGAUGACUCUGAUCAAAUACCAUUUGUACUAAGUGUACUCCCUCUUAAACGGCUCCAAGAUCUUGUUACUUGUACAUUAAAUGAUAUAAAAUUUGGAAGUACGUAUGAACCUCAACCUUUUACAGAAAAUUUUAAAAACACUAGGGUAUACUUAUUACUAUGGAAUGUGAUAUUCAAGUUAUGCUCAAAACUUGAAUCCCAAGAACGUUAUAAAUAUACUUCCCAUUUAAAUGAUAAAAAUGCAAUUUCUUGUUUAACUGAAAACUUGUUGAAGCUCAUGCCACAAUCAAUUAUUAAAACAUAUGCUAACAAUGAUGUAAAUCCAAUAAUCAAAGGAUUAUUUAACACUCCACCUUCUUUUUCCUCCAAGGAUUAUUGGGAUAACAAGAAACUUUGGCAUUUAGUAUGUUGGACUUAUUAUAGUUUACUUCAUACAUUACCAGCAGUAGUUCGUAAAUGGUGGGUUGAUAGUGAACACAAAGUGUCAACUUUAGUUGAUAAACUUACGACUAAAUAUGUAUCACAAAGUUUAAUUUUGCAAGAAUUCCAAGAUAUAAAGCAAGCAAAAAAGAUUGAUAACAUUGUGGUAACAUUAUAUGAAAAUCGAGGCAUUCUUGUUGUAUCAUACAUAAUUGAAGAAACAGCAGUUGAUAUAACAAUUCAAAUGGCUAGUAAUCAUCCUUUAGGUUUAAUUAGAGUAAGCAGUGAUAAAAGCAUGAUAAAUAUGUCACAAUGGAAAGUAUGGCUAAAACAGUUAGCUUUAUUUUUUUCUCAUCAAAAUGGUUCAAUUAUUGAUGGCAUCUCAUUGUGGCAACUUAAUAUCACUAAAAAAUUUGAUGGUGUGGAAGAAUGUUAUAUAUGUUAUUCAAUACUACACAACUCAAACUAUCAAUUACCUAAAUCAGCUUGUCGUACAUGUCACAAAAAGUUCCAUAGUUCAUGCUUAUAUAAAUGGUUUGUGACCAGUAACAAAUCUACGUGUCCUAUAUGUCGAAAUCUUUUUUGAAUUAUGUUUUGUUUAUACAAAUGCAUAUUAAUAAAAAUAUAAAAAAAAGUGCAUACAUGUAUGAAACAAUAUUUUUAUUUUAUUAAAAUAUUUUUCAUGAUA